GGCUGCGGCAGGACUGGGGUGCCCGGCGCCCCGCUCUCCCCUCGCGAUCGGGAAAGGCAGUGUCCAAUGCUGCUUGGAUGAAUCUUUCUGUAAGUGAACGAAGCAGUUUCGUCUUGUUUGGGGCAAUGCAGAAAUUCCGAGAGACUGCCAAAUGCGUGAGCGCCUCGGUGGCUGUUUCCACUUCCCCAGCGGCCUUGAUUGCAAGAAGAUAUGCGCUUCAACAGAAGCUUGGCAGUGGGAGUUUUGGAACUGUUUAUCUGGUUGCAGACAAGAAAGCCACCCAAGGAGAGGAACUAAAAGUAUUAAAGGAAAUCUCUGUUGGCGAAGUAAAUCCAAAUGAGACUGUGCAGGCCAGUCUGGAAGCUCAGCUUCUCUCCAAGCUGGAGCACCCAGCCAUUGUCAAGUUCUAUGCAAGCUUUGUGGAACAAGGGAACUUCUGCAUUAUCACGGAGUACUGUGAGGGAGGAGAUCUGGACUACAAAAUUCAAGAAUAUAAAGAAGCUGGAAAUAUCUUUCCAGAAAAUCAAAUAAUGGAAUGGUUUAUCCAGCUGUUGCUGGGAGUUGACUACAUGCACGAGAGGAGGAUACUUCAUCGAGACUUGAAGUCAAAGAAUAUAUUUCUGAAAAACAAUCGACUUAAAAUUGGGGAUUUUGGAGUUUCUCGGCUUCUCAUGGGCUCUUGUGACCUGGCCACCACUCUCACUGGAACUCCCCAUUACAUGAGUCCUGAGGCUCUGAAACACCAAGGCUAUGACACCAAGUCGGACAUCUGGUCGCUGGCAUGCAUUUUAUAUGAGAUGUGCUGCAUGAGUCACGCAUUCACUGGCUCCAAUUUCUUGUCCGUUGUCUUAAAAAUCGUCGAGGGUGACACACCUUCCCUCCCCGAGAGACAUCCAAGAGAACUAAAUGCCAUUAUGGAAAGCAUGUUGAACAAGAAUCCAUCUCUGAGACCAUCUGCUAUAGAAAUUUUGAAAAUCCCCUAUAUUGAUGAGCAACUACAGCACCUAAUGUGUAGAUAUUCAGAAAUGGUUCCAGUAGAUAAGAAUCUGGACUGUCAGAAGGAGACUGCUCGUAUAAUUAAUGCUGUGUGUAAGAGAGUGCACGAGCUGCCCCGGCUCCUCAGCUUCGCAGGGCUGCCUGAAAUGACUCCAGGAGGAAGGAGGCGGCUCAGGAGGUGCCAGGCCACUGCUGGGGACGCCGCCGAGAAGCCUAAAAAGACUGUGGGAGAAAAGUAUGAAGAAAACACCAAACUAAGGCAAGAACUGAGAUCUCGGAACUUUCAGCAGCUGAGCGGUGAUGUGCCCCAGGACUUCAAUCAACCGACUUCAGAGGGCCUGCCUGUGUCUCAGCAUCUUCCUUUCCCGGGCCAUGCUGAACGUGAGUCAGGCAUAGAGGACACCAGAGCUGACCUUGGGCAUCACGUUAUCCCAGAAGACCCGUUUGUGGCUGAAGAGUAUUAUGCUGAUGUGUUUGAUUCCUGUUCUGAAGAGAGUGAGGAGCAGGAAGAAGAAAUCUUGUUCUCAGGACCAGAGGGGGAGGCCAAGGAUGGUUACAGAACAAACCAACAGGACAGUGAUAUUGAAGCUUUGAUCAGGUGUUUGGAAAACGUUCUGAGUUGCACUUCUCUAGACACCAGGACCAUCACCAGCGCGGCUGCAGACACAUCCCCAGGAACAGGUGUUGUCAGCAGUGCCUUGGCUGGGACCAAGGUGAAGCGCCUGAGGGAAUCGGCUGUACAGAAGCUGGGAGCAAAAGUCUUUGAGGAAGUCUAUACUUACCUCAAGAGAGCAAGGCAUCAGAACACCAGCGAAGCAGAGAUCCAGGAACAUCUAGAAAAAGUGGUACCUCGGGCCAGCGACUGCUUUGAGGUUGACCAGCUCCUGUACUUUGAGGAGCAAUUACUAAUUGCCACGAGGAGAGAAUCUGCAUUCUAGAGCCAUCUCUAAGGAGCUUUCAAAAACAACCAGCAGUUGAAGUAGACAAAUUUCUAUGAAAAUC